AUGGAUCUUUUCUUAUUUAUGCUUGUCGCAAUUACAAGCGGCCGUGUUGUCGAAGCAACUACUAUGGAGCUUACGAAAUUGUUGUUGCAAGAUUUGUUUCAAAACUAUUCAAAGGAUAUUCGACCAGUAAAGGACCAAUCCACAGCCAUUUCUGUGAACAUUGAUGUUGAUGUCGUCUCCAUAAAUGACUUUGACGAAGUAUCAGGGACGAUAUCGAUGGUCACCAUUUUGUACAUAUCAUGGAGAGACGAAAGUUUAGUAUGGAAUUCCACAUCAUACGGGAAUACAACAUCAGUAACGUUUCCACAGAACAAAAUAUGGCUGCCCAAAAUGUUUUUAUGUAAUCCAGCAGAUAAAUUUCAACCCAUUACUAACAAACAUUUCAUAGUCUCGGUAACCUCUGACGGACAUGUAUCAUGGGCGCCCGGUGCAUUGUUGACUGCAACAUGUACACCGGAUGUAUUCAAAUACCCAUUCGAUCAACAAACGUGCUCAUUGCAAUUGAAUCCCUGGGGAUAUUCGAGUCAGCAGGUGAAGCUUAAUAUACCUUCUUCAACUAUGUUGUUCAAUUAUUUUUCUGUCAAUAGUGAAUGGGAUGUGUUAGCUUCAUAUACAUCACGUUGGACGCAAUCAUUUGAUAUGGCGAUUUACUAUAUAACCAUCAAAAGGCGUCACUUGAAUUUCUUGGUGAGUGUUGUGAUACCAGUCAUCAUGUUGGCCCUUGUGAAUCCGUUCGUUUUUAUUUUACCAUUUAACUCAGGAGAACGGGCGUCGUAUAGCAUCACCGUGUUACUGGCCUUCACUGUGUAUAUGACGGUGGUGAGUGACCGAAUGCCUGCAUCGUCACAGCCCAUGUCUUAUAUUUCAUAUUACUUACUCUCAUUGGUUGGAAUCAGCGUCAUCAUCGUUACGAUGAAUAUAUUUCAGAUGAGAACAUACACCAAACACGAUGACGAUGAACCUGUUCCUGAAUGGCUUAAGAAAUUAUACUUAUUCUCUAAAAAUAAAUUAAGAGGCAAGAAUGUAAAUGUUAGUGUUAAACCGGUAGGAACUGAAAUCAACUCAAAUGGACCAGAUAACAAGGACCUGAAUUUUUCGAAAAUGAAUAAUGACUUCUUUCAGACCAGCAUCCUAUCUGUAUCGCAGGUCGACGAGAAACCUCCCGCUGACAACGAACCCACGGAUUUCCAUCAUCAGUCGGAAAAAGUCACCUGGCACAUGGUGGCGAAAGUGGUUGACAAGCUGUACUUUGUCCUCUUCUUAGUCAUCACAGUUGUUGCCACCGUUUCGUAUUUCAUAAUCGCACACUGA